AUGAAUAUUCUUGAGAUUUCAUCAUCUGUAUGGAUGAUUUUAUGUAGUAUUUGUGGUGUCACUUGUGCCAUCGUCUUUAUCGCUAUUGUGGUUUUUCAUCGUAAACUUCAUACAUCAAAUAUUAUGCUUGCUUUCAAUUCAGCAGUCGCUGUUCUGAUUAUUAAUAUAACUUGUGGUUGUCAAGCAAUCUAUCAAAUAACAAGUGAUGGAAAUGAUAGACUAUGUUCAUUUCGAGGUUUUCUACUUCACGCUGGAUGUGGUCUUUUGUAUCAUACAAUUUGUAAUCAAGCAUUGCAUCGUCUCUUUGUCGUUGUCUUUGCAGCACGACGUUAUUUUCAAUCGAAACAAGUCAUAGUGUCUAUGACGAUUUUUCAGUGGUUAAUUUCGGCUACAUUUGGCAUACCAGCACUAGUACUUGGUCGGAUUGUAUAUCAGCCUGGUAGGCGCAUCGGCCAGGUAGGUUUCUAUAAUCAUUCUUCAUCGAAAAUUUCAAUAGAAAUUUGA